AUGAUGAAGCCUUCAAGCAUGAUGUCGCGGAGAAAAAAACUGAAAGUUUUGGUGGUAGGGGGAGGCGAGAGCGGCGCAGACAUCUCAGCAGAGCUCGGUGAAUUGUCGCCCAAUGUCACAGUCUGGCUGCGCCGUCCCAUUUGCGUCGGUCCCCGAUACCUGAACAAAAGAAACGAAAUGCAACAGGUCGAGGCGAACAUGACCGUCGACUUCCCGGCCAACGGCUUUCUCGAGGCUGCCACGACAAAUCGUAUGAGCGCCGGACAAAACGUGUAUGCCUAUGGUUUCUUCCGCAUUGAGUUCCCAUGGAUCCAUCUGCCCGGGAAAGAGCUCUUGUCACCAAACCCACGUUCGUGGUUUCUGAAUUGCUUCCCAGAAGGAUUAGGCCACUGUCUCUGCUUCUUGGGCUAUGCGCGACCCCACCAAGGGGGCGUCCCUGUCCUGGCCGAGAUGCUGAGCCGAUACAUUGCACUGCUGCUUCAUGGAGAGAGGGACCUGCCGCCCGAUUACUCGGCAGAAGCCCGGCGGGAUGCCGCAGCCUCGCGCGAGUAUUACUCCCUGAGUCCGAGCCUUCUCACGCUUAUUGACUAUAACGCUUUCCUGGAGAGCGUGGCGCGACGGAUAGGUUGCGAGCCGAGACUACCGGUGUUCUGUAUACUGCUCUUCAACUUCCACAUGGUGACGGUUCUGCUCCUGGCGCUCCAGUUCUGCUGUUCAGCUCCGCGAUUAUUGAGCCUCCACUUCACGUUGCAGAUGUGGGCAUUGUCGAUGGCCAGCUUCUUCAUCUUGUACGACGGCUUACCUAUCAAGUGGUGGUUCUAUCCGCACUGGGCCGUGUGGUACCGCCAGCGCGGUCCAAAUGCCAAUCCUGCCCUGCUCCACGGGGUUUUGAAGCAAGUGAAUUUGUGGACGUCGACCGCCAUUACUUCCGGCUUCGUCUUGCUUGUCCUCUGGUCCAUUCCGACCUACUAUGCGCAACGCAUACUCUCCGUCGUCUUGUUUGCGUCCAGUGCAAUCCCAACUGCGCUCGGCAUCCACCUCCCUGAAGCUUGGGGUAUUCUGCUCCGGCCAAAGCUCUUUUCUUUGCACGGCUGUCCGUGGCGAAUGUCGGACCUCUACAUGCCAUGA